CGGGAGGCUGCGGGCGGCCCCGGCGCCGCGCGCGAUCACAGAUCCUGCUCUCUCUUAGGUGACUGUGGAUAUGUGCAAGGGACUCGCCCAGAGUCCAGAUGACACUCAUGCCGAUGGCUUCAGUGAUGGCAGUGACCGAACCAAAAUGGGUCUCAGUCUGUGGUCGUUUGCUAUGGGCGGUGCUGCUGAGCGUGGUCCUGGGGUCCCUGCUGGCCAUGCUGCUGCCGCUGGGGGCCAUGGAGGAUCAGUGUUUGGCCCUGCUCAAAGGCUUCUACCUGCUCAGGAGCAAGCUGGACAGGACGCAGCACACGGCCACCAAGUGCCCCAGCCCUUCCACAGAGCUCAGUCUCACCUCCAGGGAUGCAGCACUGCUAGUGGUCAAGACCAAGGCCUCUGCUGCUGGUAAGUUGGAAGCCAAAGCAGCUUUGAAUCAAGCCCUGGAAAUGAAGCGCCAGGGCAAGCGGGAGAAAGCCCACAAGCUCUUCCUGCACGCCCUCAAGAUGGAUCCGGGCUUCGUAGAUGCGCUCAACGAGUUUGGCAUCUUUUCGGAAGAAGACAAGGACAUCAUCCAGGCGGAUUACUUAUACACCAGGGCGCUGACCCUCUCGCCCUACCACGAGAAGGCGCUGGUCAACCGGGACCGGACGCUGCCGCUGGUGGAGGAGAUCGACCAGAGGUACUUCAGCAUCAUCGACAGCAAAGUGAAGAAGGUCAUGUCCAUCCCCAAGGGCAACUCGGCGCUGCGCAGAGUCAUGGAGGAAACGUACUACCAUCACAUCUACCACACCGUGGCGAUCGAGGGCAACACCCUCACCCUCUCGGAAAUCAGGCACAUCCUGGAGACCCGCUAUGCUGUCCCAGGGAAGAGCCUGGAAGAGCAGAAUGAGGUCAUCGGGAUGCACGCUGCCAUGAAGUACGUCAACACAACACUGGUCUCCCGCAUUGGGUCCGUCACUAUCAGUGACGUGUUGGAGAUCCACAGGCGGGUGCUGGGGUACGUGGACCCGGUGGAGGCCGGCCGGUUCCGGACGACACACGUCCUUGUGGGCCACCACAUCCCUCCCCACCCUCAAGAGGUGGAAAAGCAGAUGCAGGAGUUCAUACAGUGGCUCAACUCCGAGGACGCCAUGAAUCUGCACCCGGUGGAGUUUGCAGCCUUGGCCCAUUAUAAACUGGUUUACAUCCACCCUUUCGUUGAUGGCAAUGGGAGGACCUCACGCCUGCUGAUGAACCUCAUCCUGAUGCAGGCGGGCUACCCGCCCAUCACCAUCCGCAAGGAGCAGAGGUCCGAGUACUACCACGUACUGGAGGUCGCCAAUGAAGGCGACGUGAGGCCAUUCAUCCGCUUCAUUGCCAAGUGCACAGAGACCACCCUGGACACGCUGCUCUUUGCCACAGCAGAGUACCCAGUGGCGCUGCCAGAGGCCAAACCAAAUCACUCUGGGUUCAAGGAGACACUGCCUCUGAAGCCCUGAUCCUGUAAACCCCUCCUUGGUGAGAAGGGAUGUUGGCAGGGGGAGGAAGGGGGUUAGGAUCAGACUUAGCAUUUCUAGAACGUCUCCCAAAGCAAAAGGAGGCAGAUAAGGACCGUGAAACAUUCUUUACCUCCAAAUUUUUUUUAAAGGAAAAAACUAAAUUAUUAAGUUUUGUCUCUAAGAUAACUUAUAAUUCAGCCAAGUUAUUUAUUUUCUUCUUUUGAGCUAGCAAAUGUGUGGUGUCUGUUGUGUGUGCUGGUGGCCCCAAUCUUGUGGCCCCAAAAGGUUUUGGGGGCACGGGUGCCCCUCGUGUGACCAGAACACAGGUUCUGGAGCAGAAUUUGCACUAACGUGAGAGAGGCAGGAGCUGCGGGACGAGGUCCGGAGCCAGAGGAUAACUCCUCCAAGUCUCUCUGAAACUGGCCCAAAAGGCUGUGACUUUACCUGGGAAUUUACUCCUGGGGAGAAGCCAGCCCCAGUUUUGGGGAAUGGUUGGAAGCUGUCUUAGAAGUUUUUGCUCCUUGGCACAGGCGACAGUGCUGGGACUAAUUCUUACUGGUAGAGCAGACUUUUGAGAUAAGAAAUGACUGUUGAAUGUUGAUGGCACUUCUAGUCAGAUAACCUUGCUUAUUUCAAGAAUUCUUGAGCCAUAGUUAGUGUGCAAAUCUAGUAGCAGAGGCUAUUGUUUUCCAAAUCUAUUUUUCUAGUGAGGGAUAAGGGAAUGGCCGGCCUGGUUCUCCUGUGUAUUGUUUCUCCCCCUUCAUUUACAACAGCUCAGACCCGGUUUCAGUCUACAACUUGUCUGGGCUGAUCUGCACCACCAGGCAGCAAACCAGGUGUCUUGCAAGUGGACUCACCUGCCCUUGCUCCCACUCCGAGUGUUUAACAUGUCUCGGGAAGUGAUGUUCAAGAACACACCUAACACUUUUGAUAAUGGAUUAGCCAGCUUCUACUUUGACCACCUUUGGCCAAGGCAUGUCCCUGCUGCCAUGCAGUUUUACCUACUGUCUGACCAACCUGACCCCCUCCACAGCCAGUGUACCUGUGGACUGGCAUCCCCUCAGGGAAGCAGAAGAGAUGGCCCUGGAGUGGCCUUAUUUUUCUAAAAGUGACUUGUAAAAUGACCAAGUGUUGUAAGUCGUACAGCCAAGCUGUCAUUCAAUGGAAGCAGAAUCUUCUCUUUCAAUCACGUGUGGCACAAGUGCCAGCAAGACUGCUGCUACCGAGUCAGAAUGGCCAAAAUCACUGGGUUCCUUUCCCGGCACGGCCAUGGUGUGGGCGCUGUCCUGCACCUCUCAGAGUACAUAUGACCUAGAUGGAACGGUGUUGCCUCUGACUUGGGAAUUCAGAUCUAAGAGAACUGAGGUCAAUGUUCUGAUGUAGCCACUAGUUAUUCAAUUGUAUAAUCACAUUCAGUUUUCUGGAAGAUGAAGAAAAAUAAUGUAUGGAAUGGUCCCAAGUGAUACUCAAAACCUUUCUAAGAGUAUUUUCCUACUUGUAUGCUGCCAUUAAGGUAUUAACUUGAACUCUGCUGUUUAGGUCUUGGUUUUAUCAGUACACUGAGAAGCCUGACAGAAGUGCUUGCUUUGUACCAUAGAAAUUUGCACUUUAGUGACAUGUGAAGGAUACUAGUUUAACAAUUACUGAUUUUAAUAAAGUAUUUUAUUACAUAAAGGCCUGACU